GAGCGGCUACUUCCUGGAGCCGCCAGCCGAGGCCGCUAGUUAUCCCCAGUCUGCACCGGAGGGUGGUCGCCGGGUGCUGACCUCGCUACUAUGUCCCAUCAGACCGGCAUCCAAGCAAGUGAAGAAGUUAGAGAUAUCUUUGCCAGGGCGAGGAACGGAAAAUACAGGCUCCUAAAGAUUUCAAUUGAGGAUGAGCAACUUGUGGUUGGAUCUUAUAGUCAGCCUGCAGAGACAUGGGAUAAAGACUAUGAUUCUUUUGUUUUACCACUACUAGAAGAGAAACAACCAUGCUACAUAUUAUACAGAUUAGAUUCUCAGAAUGCACAAGGAUAUGAGUGGAUCUUCAUUGCAUGGUCUCCAGACUAUUCUCACGUUCGUCAAAAAAUGUUAUAUGCAGCAACCAGAGCAACUUUGAAAAAGGAGUUUGGAGGUGGUCAUAUUAAAGAUGAAUUAUUUGGGACAAUGAAGGAAGAUGUUUCACUGAGUGGAUAUAGAAAAUAUCUGAUAUCUCAGUCCUCUCCAGCCCCACUGACUGCAGCUGAGGAAGAAUUACGGCAGAUUAAAAUUAAUGAGGUCCAAACUGAUGUUGGUGUGGACACUAAGCAUCAAACACUACAAGGAGUAGCAUUUCCCAUUGCUGGAGAAGCUCUUCAAGCUUUGGAAAAAUUGAAUAACAGACAGCUCAACUAUGUACAGUUGGAAAUAGAUAUAAAAAAUGAAGUUAUAAUUUUGGCCAACACAACAAAUACAGAGCUAAGAGACUUGCCAAAAAGGAUUCCAAAGGAUUCAGCACGUUAUCAUUUCUUUCUAUAUAAACAUUCCCAUGAAGGAGACUAUUUGGAGUCUAUAGUUUUUAUUUAUUCAAUGCCUGGGUAUACAUGCAGUAUAAGAGAACGGAUGCUUUAUUCUAGCUGCAAGAGUCCUCUGCUAGAAAUUGUAGCAAGAAAACUGCAGAUAAAUGUAAUUAGAAAGAUUGAAAUAGAAAAUGGAGAUGAACUAACUGCAGACUUCCUUUAUGAAGAAGUACAUCCAAAGCAACAUGCACAUAAGCAAAGUUUUGCUAAACCAAAAGGUCCUGCAGGAAAAAGAGGAAUUAGAAGACUAAUUAGGGGUCCAGCUGAAACUGAAGCCACUACUGAAUGAAAUCUUUUACAUGCACUGGUAAUACUAAGUAUUACAAGACCAGCUUUUAUAAAGUCUAGUUUUUAGUACCAGAGAAUGUUAAUCAUUACAUAUGAAUGUGGAAUGUUCAGAAAAAAAAUUUUUCAACAAGACAAACUUUAAAACAAUUAUUUUUGUUUUCAACUUAAAGCUAUAAAAACAUGGUAGUAUUUCAGUUUUAGAACACUGAGUUACAAAUCAACACUUAAUUAGCAUCACCCAUUUUAGUGCUUAAAAUUGCAUACAAUUUAGGUAUUUUUAAUGACAUAAAGAAAAACCAUUCUACUCCCACUCUCCCCCAAACAUUCCCCUCAAAACAGGCUAUACUUUUUUCCCCCACUAAUUAGACAUCCAUUUGAUUUCUCUUUAAACCUUUAAAGAGAGAGAGAUAAGACAGGAAAUAUGUCUAUUACUUAAUGAAUUUAUUAAGUAAAAAGUUUUUUCCAUUUUGAAAACAUUGGUUUGUGCCUGAUAGAUGGAAAUGUAUUUAUUCAUUUUGGGGAGCAAUAUCAGCUCUUAUAGAAAUCUAAGAUACAUUCACGAUCUUCUGAAAUCUCUAAUAGUUUGUGAUUUAUACUUGACUUUAUUUUGUUAAUAUUAUUGUUGCACCAGAUUGACUUUGAAAUUUUUAAAUGAUUUGAUAAAUCUUAGCAAUGAAAGAUUUCUUAUUACAUUUUUGAAAUGUUAAGUUUAAAUUUUUCUGGCAAAAUUAAAAUUGUUUUUUUCUCGAAGCUGAUCAAGUUAUUCUGUGCUACACAAGGGAGCCAAAUGGUUAAAAUUCAUAUUGAGUUUAAAGUCAAUGUCAUUAAGUCAAAGAAGACACAAAUCAUAAGAUUAACUGAAACUUUGAAAAAGAACUUAUAUAUAGUAUUUGAUUAUUUUGAAAUUAUUGAACAAAGUGUUUUCUAAUUUAUUAUCACAGUACUUGCACCUCUGAAGUUUGGCUUGAAUAUAUUUGUUUGGCUCUAUCUUGUUUAAGACUGAUACAUAAUUAUUAGCAUUUUGCAGCUUCAAUCUCUGGUAGAAAUUUUGGACCUAAUUUGGAAGGAGUUAAUAACAUUUUGUUGCAUUUGAUCUGUAAAAAAAAAUUGCUACGACCUAUAAUUUUCAGUUGGUUUCAGCUGUUUUCUAAAAGAACUGAAGUGAGCCAAGAUUUGUAAUCUGCAGACAUACACAUUUCAUAGUAUACAGUGUGCAAAGCACUCUGUUUCUAGGGUUCUAAAUUUUAUUGCACAAUUAACCAUUUUUGCACAUUUAUUUUAGCGGUGACACCCAAUACAGACAUUUUAAGACAGUUGUAGGCUGACCAGCUGAAUUCUUAAAAACCAAAAGGGUAGUCUAUGUGGAGUUCUGUGUUUUUUUUUUUAUAAGUAAUAAUUCACUUUGUAAUAUUUCACACUACGCACAGCAAAGAUAAGUUUUAAAUUUGUUUCACAAAUAAAAAUCUGUAGCUAUUAAUAAGACCUACACUGAGUUGAUCAAUAAACUCCACUUAUCCUACAUGAAAGUAAAUGGAUAUUCUUGAUUAUGGUAUAAAUUUGUCUUAAUUUUUUUGUUCUGAUUGUUGAAAAUUGAAAAAUGUAUAUAUUCUAGAACGUAACCAUAUGACUUUUAGUAUGUUCAAGGUAGUAUUUUACAAAAUCCAAAUUUUUAAAAAUCUGAUAAAUUUAUACAAUAUCAGAGAAUUAUAUUAAGUACCUUUUAUAGCUGAAUAAAAACAUUUUCUCUCUAUGUUUUUACAUAUUUUUAUGACCAUUUUCUGUGGUACAAUUUUUUUUAAAAAUUUGUAAAAAAAUCUCCUGUUUCUUUCCAUUUGGCCCAUUGUACAUCAAGUUUUUGGACUUGCUGCAAGUCUGUGUGCAUUAUUAGGUUUUGAUUUUUACAAAAUUGCUUCACAUCUUCAUUUAGGUAACAUUUUACUUUUGUAAUUAAGAAACUGAAGUGAAGAGAGACAGAAUAUGUGAGAAACCAUAAGUAAGUAAGAGAAUAUGUGAGCAGCCGUAUGUGGAAAAAAGUUUAAAUGCCUACUGUAGUUUUGGCAGAUUAAAUUUGAAACUUUUUUAGUAAUACAUUCUGGUUUGAUUAUGGUGAACUCUUAAUCAUCUAAGGAUAGACAACAUGAACCAUUUCCUACUUCCUUGUCUUAAUGUAUUAUGGUUGUUCCUGUGCCAUGAUUUUCUUUUGUUCCUGGAGCCAUUUUACUUACCUGCUCAUUUUUGCUUCUUUUUUCUUCAUUUUGCAAAUUUAUCUAUUUCACAUAUGAUUUUUUUUUCAUUUUUCAUUCAUACCAUUACAAAAAGAUAUCAGGACUCUUAUUUGAACCAAUUAAAUAGCAAAAUGAUUAAAAUAUUUUAAAAUUUUCUGAACCAGCCUGAAUUUAUACCUUCUUUUUAUUAUCUGUUGCUUUAGGUAAUAAAAGAUUUCCCCUACUAAUCCAAAUUUUUUUAUAAUAAGUAAACAAUAACAAAGUUAGCCCCUUAGAAGAACAGGGUGAUUAUUUAAAAGUGCCUCUUAUAGGAAUAAUAUAUUUAAAAGUACCUCUUAUAGGAAUAAUAAUUAAGUGGGAGUAGAAGGACAAGUAUGACAGUAGCAGAAAGGCAGUAGUUACCAUGGUCCAAAGACAUUUUCUGUAGCUGUUUUGGUUCCUUAUCUGUUAGGAAAAGAAUCAUGUUCCUAGCUGAACAUGUAUCAUAUAUGUGGCAUAUUUUACAUAAUUUAUCCAUAAGCAAAACUGGUAGAAUUGCUUCCUCCCUUCCCAGUUCCACAGAAUGAUUUUUUUUAACUACAUCUCUUUUGUGAAAAGAUGGUCUGUUUGAGUGUGUCCAAUAAAAAAACGGUUCUAGUCUUAUUUAGUGUUUUAAAAGAUGUAGGGGCCUGGGAGUUCACCUGAUUUAAACUCCAUUAAGAACGUGUGGGUCUAGACUUGGAGAAAUAUUACCUAAAUUCUAUGAAUUAAAGAAUAUUAAAAUCCUGUGAACUCAGUGUCAAGUCUUAUAAAACAAAUGAAAAGGGUAUUUUGAAUAUUAAGCUUUUUAAAAAGAUUUUAAAAGUUGUAAGAUUUAUUGUUGAAGUCGGUACUUUAAGUUAAUUUGCAUAUUGCUCUACUUGUAUUUGCACUUGUUUACCUAUUUGAAAUGUAAAUUCCUUGUAGUUCAAUUUUUCACAUUAGUAUAUCCAUUUCAUAGGCCUAACAUAGCAUUGGGACAAAAUAAAUGUGUGUUGAUUUAUUUUAUCAGUGUAGAGAAGGCUGGUGGAAAUCAAACGAUACAGGCCUGAAGGAAAAUGCCUGAUUUGGAAUUAUAGGUGUUUGGACUGCU